AUGAUCGAGGUGCAACUUAACAGUUUUAACCUCUUGCCGCCUGAAUAUCCGAGGAGGCUCGUUCAGGAGGAGGAAAACCACCGAGCCGUCGCUGCACUCAUUGAGCUCGCCGAAACUGCCAUUGCAACAGCAGAAAACUACUCUGGGUAUGUUGAUAGCCGUCUCCUUCCCCUCUCCUCACGGGGGUUUGACCUCCGCAGCGCCGCUUCUGAAAUGUGUGAGCGUUACAAGCACGAAGCACCGUGUGGAUGGACCGAGGAAAAGGUGAUGAGGUUCUGCGAACAAGAGGUGACGAGGGAAAAGAUUGCCGAGCUUUUAUCGCGACAGCCGCUGGACGUGGUUGCCGUGGAAAGCAUCUUGAGUACACUCCGUGACUCGACCGUGGAAUUCCCCCGCGGUCGCUUCCUGCUACUUCGCGAGAACCUCAACAUCCUCAAGCCACAUCAGCCGCGGGAUAUUAUCCGUGACCUCUCCGAGCUUUGCGGUGCUCUGUACGAAAUUCAGUUCGUAGAUCUCCUCGGGAAGAUGCGGGAGGAGCUCGCUGAGUUCGACCCCCCGCUUGAUGCAGCCAAAAAGAAGGUACAGGAUGCCAUUGAGGCGCACAAGCGCGCUGUUGUCGGCGGCGAUGUCCUUGAAGUGGAGCGAACACACAGACAGCUUAUCGCCGCACGGUACGAACUUGUGGAAGUUUGCGCGCAACGUCUGAAGGCAUUCUUGUCCCAAAACUUGGAAAAUCAGGAGAAGGGAUUCAUCGCCGAACUUCAGGCGCUGGAGAGGGACUCACUCGAGGCCCUGCAACAAUUCACAGACUACCACAGUAACCAGCGAGACGUCAUUCAGGAAGACAUAAAAAAAUGCUCCGACAAACUUCUCCAAGAGGGCGCCACACACGAAAAGUGCUUGGAGGAAUAUAAGGUGAAGGAAAGGGAAAUGAAGGAUAACCUCUACGCCGUUAUCUCGGCCAAGCAAAAGUUGGUAGAAGAAAUACAGCGGAAGGCUGCAGAGCUGGUGCAACUGACAGCCAAACAGAGGGAAAUUGUUGAUGAACAAAUCAAGGCAAAGAAAGAAGAGGAGAGGCGUAUAACGACGUACAACGAGUUCGCCAAUAUGGGGACUCAGCAGAAGCAGCGGCUUCUCAAAUGUCUCGAGUACUGCGAGCGGGUAUUGUCGGUUGUGCCCGGGAUCAAGUCGUACGUUGGUGAGAUGGUUAAGCGGCUGCCGUGGCAGAAACUGCGCGACGCGAGGAACGAAGUUAACGAUACAGAGGCGGAAGGCUUCAUGGAGGCUUACGAUCCGUUCGUGGAAUGUUGUGGCGAGCUGACGGUUAAGAAAAUGCAUCGCCACGACACGCUGUCGCGGCAGUCACGACUUGUCGAGCAUAACCGCAACUCUUCGAUGGAAAGCCUUGACCCCAACAUGAAUAAUUACCGCGCCGAGCUGGAGGAGCUCAUAGAGCAGAUGAAGGGAGUGACAGGCGUCAUUAAUGCCCUCAAUGCAACACAAGACGCUGGUGAGCAGCUGUUCCUCAGUGUCGAAAAAGCCAUCUUGGAGAAGUACGAGCGAGCGGCAACACCGUUCGUACACCCGCUGCAGGUACACGGUGUCAAAUCCGUUGAAGAGCGUGACCGGUUCGUUAACCGCUCCAUGCAGUAUGUGGAAGACGAGGAACGCAAGGUGCUGGAGAAGAAGAGUGUCCUUGAGCGCAUGCGCAGGGCAGUGGAGGGGGAAGAAACCGCCGUCGAGUUGGCGAUUCGCGACAUCCCCGUCGGUCGUGCGUAG